AACCACCACCACCUCCACCUCCACCUCCAAAACAUCAGCUUCUUCCCACUCUAUUCCAAAUAUUUGUCGUAAUUACACUUUUCAAAUACAAUGGAGGUCUAUGGAGCUUCUGCUUUGGCUUCGAUUAGCUCAAUUUCUCCAUCUCUUCACUCUUCUCAUCAACCUACUUCGGUGUGUGGAUUCAGAAGAGUUAGGGUUUGGUGUGUUAAAACCGACGUCAAUGGCUCUUCUCAAUCUCUUAAGGGAAACCAGAUGACAGUAUCUAUAACAGGGGCUACAGGUUUUAUAGGGCAAAGAUUGGUGCAAAGGCUCCAUGAAGAUAACCAUAGUAUCUGUGUCUUGACUCGAUCUAGAUCUAAAGCGCAGUCCAUUUUUCCGGUCAAGGAUUUUCCAGGCAUUGUAAUUGCCGAGGAACCCCAGUGGAAAGAUUGCAUUCAAGGGUCAACUGGUGUUGUAAACUUGGCUGGGUUGCCUAUUAGUACAAGAUGGUCCCCGGAGAUCAAGAAAGAGAUCAAGCAAAGCAGGAUCAGAGUCACCUCAAAGGUUGUUGACUUGAUAAAUAACUCCCCAAGUGAUGCAAGACCUACAGUUUUGGUUAGUGCAACAGCAGUGGGCUAUUACGGUACUAGUGAAACUCAAGUGUUUGAUGAACGAAGCCCUUCUGGGAAUGAUUAUCUAGCUGAGGUUUGCAGAGAAUGGGAAGGUACAGCACUUGGAGUUGAUAAGGAUGUUAGGCUCUCCCUUAUUCGUAUCGGCGUGGUUCUCGGCAAAGAUGGUGGUGCUUUAGCUAAAAUGAUUCCCAUCUUCAUGAUGUUUGCUGGAGGACCAUUGGGCUCUGGAAAACAAUGGUUUUCCUGGAUUCAUGUGGAUGACUUGGUGAAUCUUUUAUGUGAAGCAUUAUCAAAUCCAUCUUAUAAAGGAGUUAUCAACGGAACCGCACCAAACCCUGUUCGUCUAGCGGAGAUGUGCGAACACCUGGGAUCCGCCUUGGGCCGACCCUCAUGGCUACCAGUGCCUGACUUAGCUCUCAAAGCAGUCCUUGGAGAAGGUGCUAUAGUGGUUUUGGAAGGACAAAGGGUGGUUCCUGUUAGGGCCAAAGAGUUGGGGUUCUCAUACAAAUAUCCGUUUAUCAAAGAAGCGUUGAAAGCCAUUUUAGCCCAAAAAGUUGUAGUUUGAGAUCGAUAUAUCAUCACCACAUUUUUUAUUGUUUCGGUGCCAAUGCUACUCCAUCUUCUUGCGUGGUGAGAAAACCUGAUAAAACAAAAAGAGGUUUAACAGUAAAUACGCACAAUACGCAGCAUCUUUGUCCGUAUAAUUGAAGGGUUCUUUUUGUAUAUUUAUUUGGAUU